AUGGCCGGCGGAAACGUUCCAGCAUGGCAGAGGGCUAUAGCCAUCCCUGGCAUGCUUAUUUUCGGCACUGCUACAGUCGUUACACAGAAGUUCCUCUUUGAACAAAAGUCAACAGGUCGCGACUGCUACACAAAUCCACAUAAAUUCUCAAAACCAUGGUUCCAGACAAAUUCUAUGUUCGUAGGUAUGUGUCUUGCUCUUGUUGUUUAUGAAGUUCAGCGUUGCUUAAAGAAGAAACCACAGGAUGAUGCUCAAUCUCUUGCUUCACAAUCCGAAGACCAAACUGAUACAAAGAAGGGUAGCGAAUGGAAGACGUACUUCUAUGUUGCUGGUCCUGCUUGCUGCGAUCUUCUUGCUACAUCUCUCAUGAACAUUGGUCUUCUUUUCAUUACUGCUUCUGUUUGGCAAAUGCUUCGUGGUUCUAUGGUUCUUUUCUCUUCUAUCUUCUGCCAGUUCAUCCUUAAGCGUCCAACAUACUCCUACAUGUGGUGGUCUGUACUUUUGAUCAUUAUCGCUCUUACAGUUGUCGGUGUUGCUGCUGUUUGCUCCACAGGUGUUGGCAAGGCUGGUGUUACAAUCGGACAAGUUAUCAUGGCUAUUGCUCUUACAGUUGGCGCUCAGAUCAUCCAAGCUUCACAGAUUGUCGUUGAAGACUUCCUUCUCCACGAUAUGACAGCUUCUCCAGUCCUUAUCGUCGGUCUUGAAGGCAUGUGGGGCACAAUCAUCACUUGCAUCCUCUUCCUUCCAGCUACACAACUCAUCCAUGGUCCAGAAGGCAACGGUAUCCACGAAGAUACUCUUGAUACAUUCAUCAUGAUCAAGAACAACAAGUGGCUCCUCUUCUGGGUUAUUCUCUACGUCUUCUUCAUUCUUGCUUACAACGUCACAGGUAUGUUCGUUACAAACAUCACAUCUGCUGUCGUUCGUACAAUUCUCGAAGGCCUUCGUACCCUCUGCAUUUGGAUCGUCCAACUUAUCAUCUACUACUCAUUCAUGGCUCGUGGCGACCACAAGCACACAUCACUCGGUGAAGAAUGGACAGUUUGGAGCUGGAUGCAGCUCGCUGGCUUCGGCCUCCUCUUCACCGGAAUGCUUCUUUACAACAAGAUCAUCCAGGUUCCAUUCUUCAAGUAUCCUCAGGUUAACAGCACACCUAAGGUUAAUGCUAAGAUUGAUGAUACACCAUUAAACCAGGAGUAA